AUGCUCUCUCUACGUCGCGAACACCCUAUUGCCUUUGGCUAUCUCGAGAGCUGUCAAACAUCAACACACGGCGAACAAGAUCGUUACUUUCUGGAGCGCACCUUCAGCAGAGAGGUGCACAUUGGACGUGGCCCACAGAACGAUCUCGUACUAGGAGACCCUCACAUCAGCUGGGCCCAUGCGAAAAUCACAUACACUGAAUACGCGCACACUCCAGUGACUAUGAAUAUCACUGCGAAGAAGACCAAGAACGGCACGUUUGUCAACGGCGAACGAUUGAAGGCAGGGCAGACGCGCAAACUAGUCGACGGAGAUACCGUCUCUUUCGGCGUCUUCAAGAAGCCACAGUCUGUUCGAUGGAGGAAUAUGAAUCCGGAUGACACCUUGGAGGGUCGCGGUCUGGAUGUAGAGCGUCAAAAGCUUAGUCGAGGCCGCUGGCAGUUCACAGUCCACGCAAUCCCACGAGAUGAUGAGACGAGCUCAGAGGGGAUCGAUCAAAUUCUGAGAACGGCUUGGAAUGGGAUCAUCCGCUGCAAAGAGGGUGUUCAUACUGCUCGAACCGUCUUAGCCCGCAUGCGAGGGUUUAAAACAACAUGCGAACCUACGAUAACAGAUGGCCGCCCGCCUGAUCGACCCAGCACCCCUGCUUAUACCCCUCCACCGGCCGACAGAUUCCACCCAACAAACGGCAAAAAGGCGGAUUAUAGGCAUGGCGACGAACAUUUCUGCCUCAUCGAUGACCUGGAGGCCCCAUCUUUAUAUCAUCCCGAUAUCAUAUGGCGGGGCAUCGUUCGACACAAGCCUAAUCUGCUUCCCUACGAGCUUCCUUCGGAUUUCAAAUACUGGUCGUCUGUGUACGGUAUACCCCAAGGCCUGCACCCCCGCUGGUCUGAGUUUUCUUCUGCCGUGUACGGCGAUGAUUGUCCAGAUGUCGGCCGCGAAACCUCAAUAUUGAAAGGUUUUCCUGCGAUACCAAGGGACUACUUCCUGCCUCUUGGAGAGGAAGAGAAUAUCCCACAGGAAGGGCUUGCACGACUUUCCUAUGAAGCGGUGGCGCGACAUUGUGAGAAUGUGCGUCUGUACAAGGCGGGCAAGCACCCCGAGACGAUCGUCAAACGAUCUCUUCCAUGUCACCCUGCUUUCAAGACGACCGCCUCCGACCCUCCCCAGGUCUCUUCAGAGGCGCCCUUAUCGAAGAAACGCAAGCUUGAGGCUGGCGACGGUAUGGAUCAGGGGUCUGUUCACUCCGAUACACCAUCCAUCGAUGCCAUCGUCGAACCUCCACGCAAACGCACGAAGAGGGACGCUCGUCCUAUCAAGCGCAGGAGCGCUCCGAUAACUGUGCCACAAUCGCAGGCUGGACAUCCCGCUGCCUUGCUUCCAGCGCACGGCACUCCAGUUUUCGCAGACGGACAUCGUGUAUCCAAACGUGCCCGGACUGAUGACGAAGAGACGCCACAGGCGCGGCCUGCGAAGCGCCCGGUCCGCGAGGCCGCGAUGGACACGCCGCCGGCACCAGCCGGCCGGCCAUCUCGCUCUCUUAAGCGCUCACGCCCCCCAGCCCGCGACAUUUCUGUGCAGGAGCCGCCAGCGACGCGUCUGGCACGCGUUGCUGGUCUUGUACCAUCCCCGGCGAGCGAUUCUAUGGAGACUCGUCCGCACAAAAGGCGGCGACCCGAGCGCAAUGGCGAAGAGAACGGAGUCGAUGAGGCAUCAGCGCCGCCUGUCAGGCGAACAACACGGUCCGCCAGCAUUGUACCGAACGCGGCUGUGUUUAUCGCUGGGCGUCCUUUACAACGUCGGCGCGAGGCUGCGGUGAGUGUGAUAUCUACGGAGGCUGUGGAGGCGGAAGACGUUGCUCUCACCCGCACCGCUCGUGUCACUGCCAAAACGGACGCUGCACCUCGCUCGCUCAAACGAAGGAACCUCGAAACCGACGACGAUAGAACCACGGUAGCGCUAGAGCCACCCGCGCAACGGAUGCCGCCCGCCAUUGCUAUGCAAGAUGUGACCGCCGGCGGUAUCCAACGUUCCGCAAAGCGUCGUCGGAAAGCUGUUCAGACAGUAUUGGCACCUACAGCGAGCCCAGCAACUGAAGACGUGGCCAACCGACGCUCUAGUCGCUUAAGAGGCAAAACGGCUCCGCGGUACCGUUGA